CGGCCAUAAGUAGGAUAAGCCGGCGGGAUAAGGAUUUGGUCCCUGGCCACCCGUUGCCUCAUCCUCCCCUGCCAGCUGCCACCUCUCGUCCUGCUAUUUCUCCCUCCUCUCCACCUGCCGCCGGGGCCUGCCUAUAGCCUGCUCCCUCUCCCUCUCCCUCUCUCUCUAGUCUAGUCCACCACCAACCAUUAUGGCCUCCCUCUCCUCUGCCGCCGUCACCGCCCCUUCCUUCGCGGCUUCCCGGCCCGCCCGCGCCGCUGCCAGGCGCUCUGCUGCCUUCACCGUGCGCGCCUCGCUCGGCAAGGCCGCCGGCACCGCCGCCGUGGCCGUGGCCGCCAGCGCCCUGCUCGCCGGCGGCGCCAUGGCCCAGGAAGUGCUGCUCGGCGCCAACGGAGGCGUCCUCGUCUUCGAGCCCAGCGAGUUCACCGUCAAGGCCGGCGAGGCCAUCACCUUCAAGAACAACGCCGGGUACCCUCACAACGUGGUCUUCGACGAGGACGAGGUGCCCAGCGGCGUCGACGCCGCCAAGAUCUCGCAGGAGGAGUACCUCAACGCGCCGGGCGAGACCUACUCCGUCACGCUCACCGUGCCGGGAACCUACGGAUUCUACUGCGAGCCGCACCAAGGAGCCGGGAUGGUCGGCAAGGUCACCGUCAACUGAUGCGAUGCCAUGCCAUGCCAUGAUCGAGUAUAUAUAUUCAAGCGUAUCUGCGUAUGUACGUACCAGGCUAUAGGCUAGCUAGCUAGAGAGCUUAGCUUGCCACUCAGAUCAGUCAUCAUCUCCAUCUUGUACCAAGUGGCAUGCAUGCAUGCAUGCAUGCUAUUACUUCAUCAUAUUUAUAUCAUCGGCAUUGCCUUGCUUCUUUUA